GGUUGAAGUCUAUUGUUUUAAUUUCAAAACAGAAAUAAUUACUUUGGCAACGACAACUUUUUAGGAAACAAAGUUUAGUUUACUAUCAUUCCACUUAUUUGUUAGCAUUCACAGGAUACAGACAUCUUAAUAAUAUAAUAGUAUUUUAAAAUGGAAAGAAGAGCCCAUCCGUCGAAAAUUCAGCUGGAAAUAUUAUUGAAAUUUUUAGAACAUCAACCUAGUUUAGCGAAAGGAUUUUCAAAACAUACCGCAGCUAGAGAGCAUGCUCAUAUCGAGUGGUCCAAGUUAGCUUUGAAACUAAAUAGUGUAAGCGGUGGGUGUGUUAAAUCUCCGAAAAGAUGGAUGAAGUAUUGGAGUGAUAAAAAGAGUGCAGUUAAAAAAAAAGCAGCCAUAAGGACAGGUCUAAGAGGUCAAACUGGUGGUGGUAUAUCAGAGAUAAUGCAAUUAACUAAAUUGGAAGAGCGCAUUUUUACUUUAACGGACCCUACCAGUAGUUCCUCAGGCAGUAUUAGAAUUUUUACACCAUCACAUAGUAUUGCACCAGUUUCUUUAAUUGAACCAAAUACAAUACCUAACAUUAGCCCAGAGAUUCAAGAGACCCCAACAAUUGCUGAAAAUAUUGAUGAUAGCAUAGUAUAUUCAUUGAUCAACUCAGAUGUUGAAACCUCUAAGUAUCCAGAACAACCCCAGUCAUCUUCUGAUGUCUCAAUCCCUAGUCGAGUGAGAAGGCGUUUUCGGCUACAACCCUCACCGCCAAGUCAACACCGUAACUACCUUAAUAGCAUAACUGAAAAAUUAUUAAGAAUAGAAGAACAGCGAUUGGACCUGGACAAAAAACUCCUAGAUCUACUCAAUCAACAAUCAAUAAAUAACAACCUAUUGAUACAAACUGUCAAUCACGGCCAGCAGGCCAUAAGCGAAAGCCAGAAGGCUAUGGCUGAAGCUCUUACAGCGAUUGCAAUUGCAAUUAAUAAAUAAUCUGUGUAUUUAAAUUUAAUAAUUAAAAGUAAAUACUUGUUAAUUUCUAGUUAAAAAUACGUAAUAAGUAUAACUAAAUUAAGUACUAAAAUAUAACAAGUUUUAAAAGUAGGAGAAAUAACUUUAUAGUUAACACAUGAUCAAAAAGCAAUACAGCACCAAAAUUUUAAACAUUUAAUCUGUCUUGUCUCGGCUUAAACUUGAUUAGGAGCACUAUAUACUAAAUUAAGAAAACUACAAAGAGUGAAUUUUGAAAUAUAUAAUUAAUAUCAUUAUGAUUUAAAAUAAAUGGCAAUAAGCAGUAAAAACAUUUAUUUCUUGUAACUCUGGGAUUACUCAGUGAUUUUUCUUUUUUAAAAUAAUUUGAUUGCAAAUUAAAAAGAAAACUCAUAAGAAUAGUUAAAUAGAAAUAUAUUUUGAAUACACUGGUAUUAUUAAAAUAAGGUUUGAAAUUUAUCUUUGUGAUUACUUCCUACGUGAAUGUUACUGUGAUAUGUGAUAAAAAUUGUGUAACUGUGCCAUAUAAAUAUUGUACUUCAAGUAAAAUAAAAAUAUAAAAACUAAUAUGAGAAAUAUAAGCAAAGUUAUUGU